AUGAUGUCAGAAUCUCCAGAGAGGGACGCCCCCCUGCUGCAGCUACAGGAGGUCAAUUCGAGCCGAGCAGAAGGCUGCACUCUGUCAUCCAGAAUGAUUUCCUCCUCCUCCUCCUCCUCCUCCUCCUCCUCCUCCCAAAGCGUGACAAUGGAGAGCCACCCCAUCUGCAUUCCUUCACCCUAUGCAGACAUUGGGCAUGAUUUCACCACCCUGCCUUUCUACAGCCCAACCCUGCUCGGUUACAGUGGGCCCGCACUUCCUGAUUGCCCCCCAGUGCGUCAGUCACUCAGCCCCACGCUCUUCUGGCCCUCUCAGAGCCACAUUGCACCUCUGACACUGCAUCACCCACAAUCCCACUGCCAGCAAAACCAGCCGAGCAACGGCACCUGGCAGGAGCUCACGUCCCGCAAUUAUACAGUCAAUGACAACAGCAAACCCAUUGGGAAACGGUCAGCAGAGUGUGAGGAGAGCUUCAGUUCCUCAGAGAGCAAAACAGACAUGCGCUUCUGCGCUGUAUGCAGUGACUACGCCUCUGGCUACCACUAUGGUGUCUGGUCCUGUGAGGGAUGCAAAGCCUUCUUUAAAAGGAGUAUCCAAGGACAUAAUGACUACAUCUGUCCUGCAACCAACCAGUGCACCAUUGAUAAGAAUCGGCGCAAGAGCUGCCAGGCCUGUCGGCUUCGCAAGUGUUAUGAAGUGGGGAUGAUGAAAUGUGGUAUGCGUCGGGACCGUGGCAGCUACAAUCGUGGAGGUUCGCAGCAGAGGAGAGUGGCACGUUCUCCUGCCAGAGCAGUAGCGAUCACUCAGAGACAGCCAGAACGGAAAGCAGCACCACUUACGAGGGUAAAGGAGGUUUUUACUACCACAUUGAGCCCAGAGGAGCUGAUCGCUCGCAUCAUGGAAGCAGAGCCACCAGAAAUCUAUCUUAUGAAGGACAUGAAAAAACCCUUUACUGAGGCCAACGUCAUGAUGUCACUCACCAACCUGGCUGACAAAGAGCUUGUCCACAUGAUCAGCUGGGCCAAGAAGAUCCCAGGUUUUGUAGAGCUCAGCCUCUUUGACCAGGUGCACCUGUUGGAGUGUUGCUGGUUGGAGGUCCUAAUGUUGGGGCUGAUGUGGAGAUCUGUUAAUCAUCCUGGAAAGCUCAUCUUCUCCCCAGAUCUUAUCCUUAGCAGGGAUGAGGGCAGCUGUGUGCAGGGCUUUGUGGAAAUCUUUGACAUGUUGCUGGCUGCCACGUCCCGAUUCAGAGAGCUGAAGUUACAGAGAGAGGAGUAUGUCUGUCUCAAGGCCAUGAUCCUCCUCAACUCUAACAUGUGUCUGAGUUCGGCUGAGGCAGAAGAUGAACCUCAGAGCAGGACCAAACUGAUGCGGUUGCUGGACUCUGUGACGGAUGCUCUGGUCUGGGCCAUCUCAAAGCUGGGCCUGAGCUUUCAGCAGCGCUCCACACGUCUGGCCCACCUGCUCAUGCUGCUCUCACACAUACGUCAUGUCAGUAAUAAAGGUAUGGACCACCUGCACUGCAUGAAGAUGAAGAAGGUAGUGCCUCUGUAUGACCUGCUCCUGGAGAUGCUCGAUGCCCACAUCAUGCACAGCUCACGUCUGCCCCACUCCAGUGUGGCCAUCGUGCCUGAGGAGAACCCUGGUGCACCGGACCCCUACAGCUGCUCUUCUCAGCAGUGGACACAGCCGGUCAUGGAGGGGCCUGUGGAGCUUAACCAAAACAUGAUCAAAAGUGACCUUAGCAUAAUGAAGACAGACUGAUCCAAGAUGUUUUUACCCAGAGCAGCCAUGCAGCUUAAGGACAUCAGUCUCGACCUGAAGACUCAACGAA